GUUUGCUCAAGCUGCAUCAAGCGCUUAUCAUAGAUACAUAUGCACCCAUGGCACAUUUGACCAUCACCAGAAUGAAACGGACUACAAGGCCUUCAGCCGACCUCGUGUCGAGAAUAAUAUAUAGUGGGUGGCUGAGAUACACUGUUCCAUACGCCGGUCGUCAUCCUCCAGUCGCUGCCUUUUGUUCUAUUCUUUCUGCAGUAUCUAGUGUUCUUCCCAUCUUUAUCUGACAAUGACUGUACUUCAAGCUAUUUCUUCCCUCCUUCCUGUGGGCCAGGUCGUCCUGAGGCCCAUAGUGCGAAGGGCUCUGGAGAGGGCAAACGCGUACCUGAGAUCCGCCCGGUGCUUCUUGGAUGUUCUCCGCGAUAUUCUUCCCGAGAACGAAGUAAUGGCCUUGCGCAUGACUCAGAGCGAACUUCUAGCAGAUCGUGAUAUUCUCUCCGCAUUCAUCGAAGAUCGACAUCUUAUCACGCCAUCCUUUGUAGACAAGGUUGAAUCUUUCGUAUCCAGGGCUAAGGAAUGGCAACGCACUCUCCGUGACAUCCCUGUCAUGCCGCCGUAUGAGAACGCCAAUAUUCAGCCUAGCAACACUCCAGCCACUCCUCGGUCUUUAGACUCAACAACCCGAGUACAAGAAACCGAGCAGGAUAUCAUCCCAUCACCUGUCGAUUCACUCACUAGCGUUCGUCCUCAACGGAUUCGGGAUUCAGAACUACAAGAUUCUGCCACAUUUGGUGUGUUUCACGGGGUACGAACCCUCACUCCCACGAGCAGGCGUAGUUCAGUGCACACAGCAGAGAUAGUCAGUAGCAACAUGGCAGACGACACACCCGUACUCAGUAGUGCACAUUCUGAAGGAAUGCCUUUAUUGUUCACUUCCUCUCCUUUCGAUCGUCGAGUCAUUGCAGUUGAAAAUCAGAUUAAAUGCGUCGACGGCGCCGUCAAACGUCAGAAACACGAUACACAGCGCGACUAUAGCAAUAAUGCUAUUCCGUUUUCUCAUGCACCCCGUAUUGACGUAGUUCCGCUGCCCCAGGAGUACGGCACGGUUCACCCAGACGAAGACGAGCCUGGUUCCUCCGACUUCCUCAUCUGGCUCCAGAUUGUCCUGUGUAACUUUAGUGAUCCUAUAUUCGCCAACGAUUUCAAGUCUCAGCUUGUUGAUCUUCCACCAGGAGAACUUACAUACGAUGAGAUGUGUUGGGUGUCGGACACUGUGCGCAAGCACAGUUACACUCUUGACGCCGAUGAAUUCGUUCAUGAAUUCGCUCGUCGUCGUCAAGCCGAUCGUGAAGCUCGAAGGAUGGUCCCGCCCACUGAACAUCCGCUAGGAUCCUAUGGCUUCCUCCUAUCCCAGGAACCAUCUCCUCCUAUGUCUCUCUCCAGCGUGAAAUCUGACCCUCAUCUAAACGCUAAUCCCGAGGCGUAGGAGGAGGAACCGGUUUAACUUACGACCUUUCAAGUUCUGUUGCAUGUUCUUGCCACUUUACGUGGUGGCGAGCCUAGGUCUGCAAGGACUUUCCAAAGCAUUUACGAGGAUGCAAACAAUGACAAUUCCGAAGCGUUGGAUACGCCAUUCAUCGUUGUUCAUCUAUGUGGCCCUUCAUGUCUCAAUCUUGAGUAUCAUCGGUUCAAUGUUUCUUUCCCAGCUCUUCACUCCUUCAUACCUUUCUUGUAACAUUACUGACGGUAUCAGCUCGGCCUUGUUCAUCUCUUACACUCCAUGCACACUUUUGCCACAGAAACAUUUUGUACAUAGCAUCACAUUGUAGCACGGUCACCCUGUACAACACUCGUUGAUUCUCUUUAUAUAAUAGUAUAUAACAGUCAUUCCUACAUCCGU